AUACAGCAUUCAGGCACCAGGCUUCCCCGUGAAAUGCCAAGUGCAGCCGCGUGCACGAGUGGUUGCCGCCAGGUCUAGUGCUUACACCUCUAGGCUGUGAUUCUCAUCAUUUAUACAACACCUUUCCUGACUAUUCAGCCAUCUGUUCUCCAUCAAAGCCCGUCAUCCGUCACACUCACCAACAUGGACGACAUCGCCCCCUACGUGCCCGAAAGCGGCCCCCACAAGACCUAUCGGGGCAACUGCCACUGCGCCGCCUCUGUCUACGAGGUGAGCAUGCCUGAGGUCAAGGAGGUGGAGGUGUGCAAUUGCAGCAUCUGCGCGCGCAAGGGGUACAUGAUGGUGUGGCCCUCGCGGGAAGACUUCAAGGUCAUCAAGGGCAGCGUUGAUGCGUUGGCGGGUUACACGUUUGGGUCUGGUAUCGUCGAGCACAAGUUUUGCAAGAUCUGCGGGAUAGCCGUCAUAGGCUUGGGCCAUGGCGUGCCCAAGGGAUAUGAGUUUGGCAUCAAUGCGCGCACUUUCCAGGACUUUGAAGGGUGGCAGAUGAAGCAGAGAGCCGUGAAUGGGAAGAAAUUAGGCAAGGCGUACGACCCGCCAGUACACAAAGGCCCUCUUCCACAAGUCGAAAUCGAAGGCGGCGUCCUGACCACCGGAAGCUGCCACUGCGGCAGGGUCACGGUCGCCGUCCAUAGCAAGCCCCUUGACGAGACGUAUGAUAGCCAGAUUGCCGAAUGCAACUGCAGCAUUUGCGAACGUGGCGCGUACAUCUGGAUGUACCCCAAAACCGAGCAAGUGGUCCUCCAUGCGGAGAAUCCUGAAGACAUCUCCUCGUAUAACUUUGGCCGGGGAAUCAUCGACAAGACCUUCUGCCGCCACUGUGGCGUGCACAUGACCAACAGGUACAGGCCUCCCACGGAGGAAUGGCUGGCUAAUGCCAGUGACUUUGACAAGCAGUGGGUGCCCGCGGCCAAGGCGAAUCACAAUGUGAACGUCAGGGUGUUGCACGGCGUCGAUUUGAGUAAGCUCAACAUUACGCGAAGCACCAUGGCCAAGUCGCUGCCGCCAUUCUAUGGGAAUCCAUGAGAGGCAGCGUUUGAGGAUAUCUUGACACGGCGAGGGCGGGAGACCGAUCCUUGGACGACACUCAG